GCAAAAAACAUGGUGGGCUCUAUAGAGCUGCUUGGCUAUGCUGAUAAAUGGGAUAUACUACUGAUGAUCCUUGGAAUAAUAUGUGCACUUGCCGCCGGCACUGGACUUCCCAUCAUGAUCAUAGUCUUUGGGGAGAUGACAGAUGCUUUCGUUCAGAGUAGUGUGAACCAAAACAGUACAGCAUUAAAUAUUACUCCCCCUCUACCUGGAGAAUGUAAUCAAAAGAUCAUUGGUACUAUUGACAUAGAAGCAGAAAUGACAAGAUAUUCAUAUUAUUAUGUUGCCAUUGGCUGUGCUACGUUGGUUCUUAGCUUUUUUCAAGUUUGGACAUUUGUGAUAUCUGCUGCAAGACAGGCUCAUAGAAUACGACAGAAGUUCUUUAAAGCUGUGCUUCAUCAAGAAAUGACUUGGUUUGAUACCACCCAGAUUGGGACACUCAACACCAGACUGACUGAUGAUAUUAACACUAUACAUGAUGGACUUGGAGACAAAAUCUCUAUAUUUGUUCAAUACUUUUCAACUUUUUUGACUGGAAUCAUCAUUGGAUUUAUAAAUGGCUGGAAACUGACACUGGUAAUCCUGUCAGUAAGCCCUCUGCUCGGUGUAUCUGCAGCAUUGUGGUCCAAACUACUGGCUAUCUUCACGACAAAAGAACUGACCUCUUACGCUAAAGCUGGAGCCGUGGCAGAGGAGGUCCUUACUGCAAUACGGACAGUUGUUGCUUUUAAUGGGCAAGAAAAGGCUCUGGCAAAGUACAAUGUCAACUUGCGUGAAGCAAAAAAAGUGGGCAUUAAAAAGUCUAUUACAACAAAUGUAUCUUUGGGGCUUACACAGUUCCUCAUUUUCGGAGCUUAUGCCCUAGCUUUCUGGUAUGGGACCAAAUUAACAACAGAUGAACCGGGCAUAUACACCAUUGGGAAAGUGUUAAUUGUGUUUUUCUCUGUGCUUAUUGGGACUUUUUCCCUUGGUCAAGCUGCACCAAACCUAGAGAGCAUAGCUAAUGCACGUGGGGCUGCCUUUGAAGUGUAUCAUAUCAUCAAUAAGCCCAGACCAAUAGACAGCAGUUCAAACAUUGGGCACAAACCAGAUAAACUGAUAGGGAAUAUUGAUUUCAAAAACAUUCAUUUUUCCUACCCAACCAGACCAGAUACACAAAUUUUAAAGGGAUUGAACAUUAAAGUACAAGCUGGAAAGACUGUUGCACUAGUUGGAGCCAGUGGCUGUGGAAAAAGCACCACAAUUCAGCUUCUUCAGAGAUUCUAUGACCCUCUUGUAGGGGAGGUGACUGUUGAUGGGCAUGACAUACGUACCCUCAACGUGAAGUGGCUGCGUGAAAGCAUUGGAGUUGUUAGUCAAGAGCCUGUUUUGUUUGGAACAACAAUCAAAGAAAACAUCCGCUAUGGAAGAGAGGACGUUACUGAUGCUGAGAUCAUACAAGCUACUAAAGAAGCCAAUGCCUAUGAUUUUAUAUCUAAACUCCCAGAUGGUUUAGACACCAUGGUCGGUGAGAGAGGAGCUCAACUGAGUGGAGGACAGAAGCAGAGAAUAGCUAUUGCCCGAGCUCUUGCACGUAACCCGAAAAUUCUCCUGCUUGAUGAAGCCACAUCAGCUCUGGACACACAAAGCGAAAGCAUUGUACAGAAUGCUCUAGACAAGGCUAGAGCUGGCCGUACCACAAUUGUGAUAGCACACCGCCUGUCUACCAUCCGUACAGCUGACGUCAUUGCAGGCUUUCACAAUGGUGUUGUGGUGGAACAAGGGACACAUGAUGAUCUCAUGAAACACAAAGGAGUUUACUAUUCUCUUGUAAUGUUGCAGAGUUAUGACAAAAAGGAAGAAGCUGAGAUCAAUGAUGACACAGAAGAAGAUGAUGUGGAGGAUGAAGGAGAGAUGUUUGAAUAUGAAGAUAUAAAAGGGGACGAUGGAGAUGUUGCUCCUGAUUUUCAAAACCACGGCAAUCUGGAGAUCAUAGGCAGAGAUAACUUACAUAGACGUUCCAGUAGCAGAAAAUUACGAAGAUCUACAAAAAGAAAAUCCAAGGCAAAAAAAAAUGAAACCAAAGAAGAGGCUGUUCAGGAGGAUCUUCCCGGUUUCUCUUUAGGCAAAAUACUUGCACUGAACAAACCUGAAGCUGGCUACAUUAUCAUUGGCGUUAUUGCAGCAGCUGUUUCUGGUGGUAUAUACCCGACUUUUGCUGUUAUUUUUGGAAAAGUUAUAGGGUCAUUUAGUAUUACUGAUGAGAAUGAAAGAAGUGCAAGAACAAUUUUACUCUCUCUAAUGUUCCUUGCUCUGGGGGUGAUCAGUCUAAUUGUUUAUAUCAUCAUGGGUUUCUCUUUUGGAAUAUCUGGAGAAAAUUUAACCAUGAGAUUAAGGUCACUCUCUUUUAAGGCUCUACUCCGACAGGAAAUCGGGUUCUUUGAUAAUCAUGCUAAUGCAGUUGGAGUUUUGCUAACCAGACUUGCAACAGAUGCUUCUCAAGUGAAAGGGACUACCGGCAGUCGUUUGGCUUUGCUUACCAUUACGGUGUGCACUCUUCUUACGGCAAUCAUAAUUGCAUUUGUUCAUGGCUGGCAGCUAACGCUGCUUAUUUUGGCCUGUAUACCGUUCUUGAUUGGUGCAAAUUUUAUUAGGAUGAAAUCAAUGACUGGCCAUGCAUCAAAGGAUCAAAAAGCUUUAGAGGAAGCUGGAAGGAUCUCAACAGAAUGUGUUGAAAACAUAAGAACUGUGGUAUCUCUGACAAGAGAAGACGCAUUUUAUGAACGAUACAAUGCAAGCUUAACUGGCCCCUACAAGGAUACUUUGAGUAAAGCUCCCCUGUAUGGCUUUACUUAUGCUAUUUCCCAGUCGAUAAACUUCUUUGUCAAUGCAGCUGUAUUCCGAUUUGGAGCCUGGCUGAUUGCACACUGCUACACACAAUUUGAGAAUGUCUUCAUAGUAUUCUCCACGAUUAUUUUUGCUGCCAUGAAUGUUGGACAGUCUUCAUCUCUAGCACCUGAUAUGGGAAAAGCCCAAGUAUCAGCCCAGAGAAUAAUGAAGCUUCUGGAGAGGAAACCAGCAAUUGACAGUUACAGUGAAGAUGGUGAAAAAUUGAGUGCGUUUGAAGGAAACCUUGAAUUCAAAGAUGUCACGUUUGUGUAUCCAACGAGAGCAAAAGUCCAGGUUCUUCAGGGAUUGAAUGUAAAAGUUUUCAAAGGACAAACGUUAGCUUUGGUGGGCAGCAGCGGGUGUGGAAAGAGUACUUCUGUUCAGCUGCUGGAGAGAUUCUACGAUCCUGUUGAUGGAAAUGUGCUUGCAGAUGGAAUAGACACAAAAACACUGAAUUUGAAGUGGCUGAGAUCCCAAAUGGGAAUUGUGUCUCAGGAGCCCAUGUUGUUUGACUGCAGUAUAGCUGAAAAUAUUCAAUAUGGUGUUUUGGACAGACAAGCCACGCAUGAAGAAAUUGUAGAAGCUGCAAAGGCUGCAAAUAUCCACACUUUCAUUGAAAAUCUUCCAGAUAAAUACAACACACGUGUGGGUGAUAAAGGUGCUCAACUCUCAGGAGGACAGAAGCAGAGAAUUGCUAUUGCCCGAGCCUUAAUACGGAAACCCAAAGUGCUGCUGCUGGAUGAGGCAACAUCGGCUCUUGACACAGAGAGUGAAAAGGUUGUGCAGAAGGCUCUAGAUGAUGCCAGACAAGGCAGGACAUGUGUGGUGAUUGCACACCGACUUACGACAGUACAGAACGCUGACAUCAUCGCAGUCAUUCAGAACGGGAGGGUCAUUGAGCAAGGGACUCACACCCAGCUGCUGGCAAAGCAAGGAGCAUAUUAUGCGCUUGUAAAUUCCCAAGUAACUAACUGAUGAAAAGAUAUAUUUUCAUUGCUAGAUUUAUACUAGCUGGCAAACUGUGC